UAUGCUACCUCUAAUCUUUAUUGAAAGUGCUCAAAUGCCUUUGGUGAAUUGAGAAGAAUAAUGCUUCAAAAAGACUAGGGAGGGACCAGCGUUACAGGAAGGGCAACUUUGAACCUUUAUUCCGUGAAAACCAAUCAGAUGCAUUUGACAGUUUGACAUACAUACUCGUGACCAUGUGACUUCUACUUUAAAACCACUCAAAUACCAAAGAGUUCUCUCACAAAAUACAAUAUCAAGAUGCUGCUUUUAUGGGUAACACUGCUUGUUCUUCACCAAGGCUAUACGCUGGUUCCAGUGACUACAGUUCCUCUUGGUGAAUCUGCGACCUUCACGUGUGCUCUGCCUAAUAUUGAGUAUAGCUUUAAACAGCUCUACUGGUUCAAGCAAAAUGCUGGAGAGACUCUGACAUUAAUUGUGACACUGGUCGAAUUUACAAAACCUGAGUUUGCACCAGAGUUUUCUGACUCAAGAUUGGAGCUAAAACGCAAUAACAAUUUAAGCAACCUGACGAUUCGGAGGACAAACCCAGAAGAUGAAGGAAUGUAUCACUGCUUAAUCAGAGCGCGUUUUGGAAAUCCUGUAUGGAGUGGGACAUAUUUGUUACUAAAAGGAAACACUCAGAGGACUUCAAACUAUUCUGUUCAGUGGCCGACAUUAUCUGAUCCAGCUCCUGCAGGAAACUCGAUGACCCUUCAGUGUUCAGUCCUCUCUAAAUCUGAGAAUAAAACAUGUCAAGGAGACAUCAGUGUGUUCUGGUUCAGAGCUGGCUCAGAUAAAUCUCGUCCUAGCUUCAUCUACACUGAUGGAAGAAGACAAGAUGAAUGUGAGAAGUUACCGGACACUCAGAAGAGUUGCUUCUCAAAGAACUUCAACUCCGCUGAUGCCGGGACUUACUACUGUGCUGUGGCCUCAUGUGGAGAGAUAUUAUUUGGAGAUGUAACAAAACUGAAAACUGAAGAUUCCCUCUGUAAUUUACAGACUUACAACAUAUAUCUGCUGUGUGGGAUCUCGGCUAUAAGUCUGAUUGUUAUAUCCGUCCUUAUUCACGCCAUCAAGAAAAGCAAGUGUGAAUGUGACCAUAAUAAUGAUGCUGUGUCCCUGCAAGACUAUGUUGCAAAAAUGAAUGCAAAGAGAAAUGAUGACCAAUGGAUUUAUUCUACUGUGAUCUACACCGUGAUGAAAACCAGCAUUGGUGGAACGAGAGACAAAAAAGCAUCAAAGAGAGAGAGGAUCUACGCUGCCGCCAAGGCAUUUUGAAAUGUUAGCUUUUUAAAAGUGGAGUCAGAGAUUCCUUUCCCUGUCCUGUGCACAUGCAUGAGUGCCAGUUGGUGAUUUGUUGGACCAGCGUUGUACGGCUAGCCCAGGGCAGUAUACCAGAUUAUUUCUCAGCACACACAUAGAGCGGACAGCUAGAGCACCGUAAGGAGAUAUUAGCUGAUAUUUGACAUAGAGUAUUGUAUUAAUGUAAUUGAAGCGC